UUGUUGACCAAAUUAAAUUACCAUUCCAACCGGCUCGAGACAAUCAACAAGAAGUUGACAUUGACCUCAUAAACUCGAUCGAAAACACAUCCUGAUUCUUAUCAGCCUCAGACGAUCGAUGAUGAUGAUGACCAUCCGACGAACCGCUUCAUUUUUGUCUCCUCGUUCACUCACCCUUGCCAGACGCUUCCAAUCUAGUCAAACCCCGAGCUACCAGAACAUAAUCUAUUCAAACCCAUCACCCGCAGUUGGUCUCUUGACUCUCAACCGACCGAAAGCACUCAACGCACUCUCGUCGCCUUUGUUCACUGAAAUCAACGAUCUCUUGAGCUCGAUCAACUCCUCCUCCUCUUCGGUUAAAUGUCUCGUCCUCACCGGAUCUGAAAAAUCGUUUGCAGCCGGGGCCGACAUCACCGAGAUGGCUGAGCGCUCCUUGGCCGAGGUUUAUGAUGCUGACUUCCUCAAGUUCUGGUCGGAGAAAAUCAGCUCAUUUAGGGUCCCGAUCGUUGCUGCCGUGAGUGGUUAUGCGCUCGGUGGGGGUUGUGAACUGGCGAUGAUGUGUGAUAUAAUUUUAGCUUCAAAAGACGCCAAGUUCGGUCAACCAGAGAUUAAUUUAGGUGUGAUCCCUGGAGCAGGAGGAACUCAAAGACUGGUUAAGGCGAUUGGGAAAUCAAAAGCGAUGGAAUACAUUCUCACCGGGAAAACCUUUAGCGCCCAACAAGCUUAUGAGUGGGGUUUAAUAUCUAGAGUCGUUGAUGGGGGUCAUGAAGAAUUGCUCAAAGAGUCUCUAGCUUUGGCAGAUACAAUCUCAACCAAACCAAAAUUGGCCACCAAGGCAGCAAAAGAAGCUGUCAAUUUAGCGUAUGAAUUGCCUUUGAGCCAGGGAUUGGAAUUUGAGAAAAGAUUAUUCCAUUUGUUGUUUGGCACAAAUGAUCAAAAAGAGGGCAUGAAAGCAUUUGUUGAAAAACGUAAACCCAAGUUCACACACUCUUAGAUCCAUGACGUAUCUAUAUCUAUAUCUUAACUAAAUCAAACUCCAAAAAGCCUGAUGAGAUUAUCUAUCAGAUGUAAACUUACCAAAGAUGCUUGUGUACAUAAAGAUAGUGCUAGCAACAUUUUCACGUAAAAA